AUGUCUCGGGCACAGUUCUUGCGGGAGUACAAGCUCGUCGUCGUCGGCGGUGGUGGUGUCGGAAAGUCUGCAUUGACGAUCCAGUUCAUUCAGAGUCACUUCGUGGACGAGUACGACCCGACCAUUGAGGACUCGUACCGGAAGCAAUGUGUGAUCGACGAUGAGGUUGCUCUGCUGGACGUGCUCGAUACUGCGGGUCAGGAAGAAUACGGAGCGAUGCGCGAGCAAUACAUGCGCACAGGCGAGGGCUUCCUGCUCGUCUACUCGAUCACGUCACGCCCGUCGUUCGAGGAAAUCAGCACAUUCCACCAACAAAUCUUGCGUGUCAAGGACCAGGACUCGUUCCCCGUCGUCGUCGUCGCGAACAAGAGCGAUCUGGAGUAUGAGCGCCAGGUGGGCAUGAACGAGGGCCGCGACCUCGCGAAGCACUUCGGCUGCAAGUUCAUCGAGACGUCCGCGAAGCAGAGGAUCAACGUCGACGAGGCGUUCUGCAGCCUUGUGCGUGAGAUCAGGCGGUACAACAAGGAACAACAAACGGGUCGCCCGGGUGUGCAGCCCAACGCACCUUCAGCACCCGGCGUGUACUCUGGCAAGGACGACGACGGCGUCGGUGGGUGCUGCUCCGGCUGCGUCAUCCUCUAG